UAUAAACAAAAAUGUAAAAUCUACCAGUUGGUGGGUGAUGGGAGUGCUUUCCUUCUUAAUUAUAUGUAUCAUUCUCUCUUGCUUGGCUUCAUCAGCCCUCCUCUCUUCUCUCUAUAAAUCUGCCGACCCUGCCCAGUUGUUAUUCCCCCCCUUUCUCUUCUUCUCAGCCUUGGAGAUUGAAAACAACUCCAAAAGAAAUAGUUAAGUAAUAGGUACCCAGAACAGUUAGUGGUGUUGCAUGUGCUCUGGAAUCAGUGUGGUUGCUUUAUAUGAUAAAAACUGCACAACCCACCGCCCAUUACAAUCCGACUUCUACGUAUAAAAGCUGCCUCCUCUCUUUUCUCAGGCCUCUCCCUCAUUUUUCACUGAAUCCUUCUCAGUUUGAGAGAAUAAUCAAUGGGUGAAGAAGCUAAGGAACAAGCUCCAGCUGAAGUUAAACCAGAGGCAGAAGAGAAGAAGGAGGAAAAAGCAGAGGAGAAGAAAGAAGAAAAACCAGAAGAGCAGAAGGAGGAACCUAAGCCACCAUUACCAUUUGUCUUGUUUGUAGAUUUGCAUUGUGUGGGAUGUGCCAAGAAGAUAGAGAGGUCCCUCAUGAAAAUAAGAGGAGUCAAGGAGGUUAUGAUUGAUAUGGCUCAAAACCAGGUGACUAUAAAGGGAAUAGUUGAACCACAAGCUGUGUGCAAUAGGAUAAUGAAGAAAACCAAGAGAAGAGCUAAAGUCUUAUCCCCUCUGCCUGAAGCUGAGGGAGAACCCAUGCCAGAAGUUGUUAGUUCACAGGUUAGUGGAUUAACAACUGUGGAACUCAAUGUGAACAUGCACUGUGAGGCCUGUGCUGCCCAACUCCCAAUUGCAACAGCCAAAACAGAUCAAGAUUAA